CCGGUUGGCACCUUUCACCACUAGCUGUCUCUGUGUGCUCCUUUCCACUCCUUCAACCCAUACAUGGCUGUGCCUUUGCUCACCCUUGCUGCCUUCCCCGCCCGCCGGUAACUGGUAAACUUGAGCCCCUCUCUCCACCACUUUCUGCGCGCACAAUGGCUCUUCGACAAAGCUCCUCUGCCAGGGGCCUGCAAUCCCUCACCGCAGGUUGCAUCAUGCAUCGCUAUCCGCUGGCCUUUCGUCGCCAUCCGCAAUGCAUGCGGCGCAGAGCUUAUGCCUCGAAUUCCUCCCCCGCAAGCACCCCGCAGUCCGACUCGCAACCGACCUCUCCCUCCAUAUCUAAAUCGAAACGCGAAGCGCCAACCGCCACCAACGCCUCAUCCAUCAAUACUUCGUUACCCGACGGCUGGGAGGAUGGCCAUCACGAUGUCAAAACUUUCCACGACUUGCCAGCGGGCCGCGACUUUGGACUCAACCAACACAUGGUGGAGAUGAACCACGAUUUCACCGAUGCCCUCAGGCAAAUAAUAUGGCAAUUCCGUGCGCCCAUCCGCUACGCCUUUGCCUACGGUUCCGGCGUCUUCCCGCAAAGUAGCGAGAGUAGUUCGUCCGGCUCGCUUUCUCCGCAUCCCAACCCACCCGAAGCGAUUAAAAAGUGGCAGGAAGGCGGCCAGAAGGUCAUCGACUUUAUUUUCGGCGUCACAUAUACGCAGCACUGGCAUUCGCUAAACCUGCAACAACAUCGCGACCACUACUCCUUUCUUGGCACCGCUGGGUCUUGGGCAGUCUCCCAAGUGCAGGACCGGCUGGGCGCAGGUGUUUACUUCAAUCCCUUCAUCACUGUGAACGGGACUAUGAUCAAGUAUGGUGUUGUCAACCUCAACACUCUCUACCGUGAUCUUUCCGAAUGGGACACCCUCUACCUAGCCGGUCGCCUACAAAAACCAGUCAAAAUCCUGCGUGACGACGCGCGCAUCAGACUCGCGAACCAAGUGAACUUGAUAUCCGCUGUGCGCGCUGCGCUGCUGAUGCUGCCUGGAAAGUUUACCGAGCAGCAGCUCUUCAACGCAAUUGCGGGUCUCAGCUACAUGGGAGACCCCCGGAUGACCUACGGUUCGGAGAACCCUCACAAGGUCGCAAACAUAGUAACACACCAGCUGCGCAACUUCCGGCGUCUCUACAAUCCUCUGCUCGAUACUCUACCCAACACGACACACACCGAUUCGCGAGUCAAGACGCCUGGCUGGGAAGUUGAUACGCCACCAGGCGUCGAUGUCACAAUGGAGCAAGAUAUGGACCCAGUCAAGCGGGGCAACAUGGUGCGCCGGCUGCCCAAGUCCUUCCGGCAAAAGAUCUACUUUGCGUACCAACGACAGUACGGCAUCUCGGGCACCGAGUUCCAGAAAAUGCUCGAAGCGGCCAAGGACGACGACAGCGAGUCGUUCAAGAAGCGCCAGGGUGGAGAUUUCGAGCAGCGCGUCGCCUCCGAGUCAGACCUCCGCGACAAGGUGAGCGAUGCGGUGCAGUUGACAGUCAAGUGGCCCAGCACAGUGCAAUCAGCAAAGGGACUGCUGACCGCGGGCCCACUGCGCGGCUGGAAGUACAUGAGCGAGAAGUUGGCCAAGUCGAAGCAGGGCAAGCAAGAAGGUAAGAGCAAGUAAAAACGCCAAGUGCACGAACAGGCAAAAUACAGAUCCAGAAGUCUGUUUAUCGCCUGUACGAUUUUGGCGAAUAAAGGAUGAAGGAGUUUAGGGAGUAGGAGACCCGGUAUGAUUGGAAAGCAUGUUCUAGGAGGUAAGACGAUAUACAAAUGAUGCAUGGCAUAGCGGACGGGGUUAGGUCGGGACAGGGGCGUGCGGCGAGCUUUUGUUCCAUGUCGUUUUUACGAUUUACGCGCGCCUAAUUUUACCAUUUUCCCCGGUGUAAGAAUGGCGUCGAGAUGGCUGCAUGGGCGUUUGAGACGUAUCGUUGUGCCCUUAGAUAAAUGGUAGGCGUUUUAGAGCAAGCUUGGACGUGGGGCUCAUGCACUUCGGAUAGAUGGAAUGUCAAUAUACUGUAGAUAUCUGCACUUAUAGAUCUGGUGGAGUAACG